AUGAAUCCGAGAUAUUAUACUGCCCUGCAACAACUGAUCCUCCCGAGAGCUGCACUCAACAGUGAACAAGCAAUAAAUGCUUCUAACAUGGACCAUCCGAUCAUCUCAAAUGGUAGUCUAUGUGUUGGGAUGAGAAGAAACGAAUCGUACAUUGGAAGAGAUGGCCUAAGCAUAAACAGAGAGAAGGGAGACAGGCAUGCAGGAAACAUGCCCCAGGAUAGGCAAACAGCGACGGAUCGCUCCUGCACACCGCAACACAGCACGCAUCAACAAAUAUAUCAGCAGCAGCAGCAGCAGCAGCACGAGAGAAAAUUUGCCCUCACAGAGAAAAAAGAGAGGGAGGGAGAAAGAAAGAAGGAAAAAGAAAUCGUGCGUGGUGCACAUCAAGAAGUGUGUUGUGCUACUCCUACUACUGCUGCUGCUGCUGCUGCUGCUGCUGCUGCUAUUAAACGGAGAGUGCGAGAUGAUGAUGAUGAUGUACGCAGCUCUCAUGAAGUCACUCGCAAAUAUGAGCGCUGCCGCCUCACGUCUCGUCUUCCGCGUCCACCGACGACCAUUCAAUCUUCGCGAUUUACUUUCACGAAUUCUGCCCUGCCUGUCGAACUUCUACUUGACAAUAACACCACAAAAUAA